GAAGCUGGCUGUGUCAGGCUGUAGGAAAAGGGAAUGUUGGCCAUGUACAGCGCCGCAUAGCGGCCUCCGUUAGCUCUAGUGAGGUUCUUCCUGUCCGGCUGUGCACUGUGAUCGCGGCCCGUGAACCUGCUUCGUCCUCACGUAGCCAUCGGAGUACCAGGGAGGUCGAGGACAUGAAGAUGACGGUGGAUUUCGAGGAGUGUCUGAAGGACUCUCCCCGGUUCAGAGCGGGCUUAGAAGACGUUGAAGGGGAUGUAUCUGAACUGGAGCAGAAGCUUGACUUCCGUCCUAAUUCCAUGCUGGUAAAACAAUGCAUUGGAAUGAUCGAUGCUGGAAAAGCUUUUUGUACUGCCAACAAGCAAUUUAUCAAUGGAAUCCGGGAUCUGGCCCAAUAUUCUAGCAAGGACGAAGUGAUUGAAAAUAGCCUAUCAAAGUUUUCUGAAAGCCUUGAAGAAAUGAUCAAGUUCCAUAAUAUCCUGUUUGACCAAGCCCAAAGAUCAAUCAAAUCACAGCUCCAGACAUUUGUGAAGGAAGACCUUAGAAAAUUUAAAGAUGCUAAGAAACAAUUUGAUAAAGUCAGUGAAGAAAAAGAAAAUGCCUUGGCAAAAAAUGCUCAGGUUACGCGAACCAAACAACAUGAGGUAGAGGAAGCUACUAACAUCCUGACUGCCACACGGAAAUGCUAUAGGCACAUUGGACUAGACUACGUUUUACAGAUCAAUGUACUUCAGUCUAAAAGGAGGUCUGAGAUUUUAAAAUCUAUGCUGUCCUUUAUGUAUGCCCAUCUGGCCUUCUUCCACCAAGGUUAUGACCUUUUCAGUGAACUUGAGCCGUACAUGAAGGAUUUAGGUGCACAGUUGGAUUGUCUCGUUGUGGAUGCUGCAAAGGAAAAGAGAGCCAUGGAGCUUAAACACUCAACAAUCCAACAGAAGGGCUUAUCUGCUGAUGACUCCAGUUACGAGUGUAAUGCAGAUGCAGAGAAUGGUAUUGUUAUGGAAGGAUACCUCUUUAAACGAGCUAGCAACGCUUUCAAAACCUGGAACAGGCGUUGGUUUUCAAUACAAAAUAAUCAACUAGUAUAUCAAAAGAAAUUUAAGGAUAACCCCACAGUAGUUGUUGAAGAUUUACGCUUGUGCACAGUAAAACACUGUGAAGACAUUGAGAGACGUUUCUGCUUUGAGGUCGUUUCACCUACUAAGAGCUGCAUGUUACAGGCCGACUCUGAGAAGCUGCGACAGUCUUGGAUAAAAGCCGUACAGACCAGUAUAGCUACAGCUUACAGAGAGAAGAGUGAUGAAGCCGAGAAAGCAGACAAGAAACCUUCCGUAUCUAGCAGUAGCCCUGUGACCGAGACCAAACUUGUUAAAGGGGAGAGUGCUCUGCAGAAGGUACUAUGUAUACCCGGCAAUACAAAGUGCUGUGACUGUGGCCUUCCAGAUCCUCGCUGGGCUAGUAUUAAUCUGGGUAUUACCUUGUGCAUCGAAUGUUCAGGAAUUCACAGGAGUCUCGGAGUUCAUUUUUCAAAAGUGAGAUCUUUAACCCUGGACACCUGGGAGCCUGAGCUGCUAAAGCUGAUGUGUGAACUGGGGAAUGAUGUUAUCAAUAGUAUAUAUGAAGCACGAGUGGACAAAAUAGGUGUCAAAAAGCCCCAGAAUGGAUGUCAGAGACAGGAGACAGAAGCAUACAUCAAAGCGAAGUAUGUGGAAAAGAGGUUUGUGGAUCAUAGUAGCGAAUCAACAUUAGUAGCAAAAAAGAAAAGCUUAUCCGAGAAGAGGAAUGACAACCGCCUUUCAGCUGACAAAAGUCCAGGAGCAGAAGAGAACUCCAGAAGCCCCACUAGACUAUUAGUGGAAAGCAAUGACAGCGGAAUUCAAUUAAGCUCACAGGGUAGUCGGGAGCUUCUGGCAUCCACUGUGUCUUCCAACAGUUUGUAUGAUGCAGAUGAAAACCAGGAUUGUGCAGCAUUUCAAGAGUCUGACACUAAAAAGCUUCCUCAAGGGCUGCAGUUGUACCAAGCUGCCUAUAAGCAAAACCUUCCUGCGAUGUCUGAGGCCUUGGCUCACGGAGCAGAAGUCAACUGGGUGAACACCAAAGAAAACAACUCUACACCACUAAUACAAGCAGUGCAUGGGGGAUCUCUAAUAACCUGUGAGUUUUUAUUGCAAAAUGGAGCCAAUGUAAAUCACCGUGACGCAAAAGGAAGAGGGCCGUUACAUCAUGCAACAGUACUAGGCCAUACAGGGCAAGUGUGUUUAUUUCUGAAAAGGGGAGCCAACCAGCAUGCUACUGAUGAAGAUGGCAAAGACCCAUUAAGUAUUGCUAUAGAGGCCGCCAAUGCUGAUAUAGUGACUCUAUUGCGCUUGGCACGUAUGAAUGAAGAGAUGCGGGAAUCUGAAGGACUUUACGGACAACCAGGGGAUGAAACAUACCAAGAUAUAUUCAGAGAUUUCUCCCAUAUGGCAUCCAACAAUCCAGAAAAACUGAACCGCUUUCAGAAUCCAGAUUCCCGGAAGUCAUGAACCUCAUGCUACAUGCCUUAACUUUACCUUCAAAAAGUUAUAACUAUUCUGGUCAAUUGAACUACCUGACAGCCCAGGCUUAGGGCUUUACAAGCCAGUGUUUAAUUGGUCUCGUCAUUCCAUUUAUCAAGGAGAGACUGCUGCUAAGCCUCCUGGGCAAAUCACUUUUCUGCUUAAUAAUGUCAUGUAUAAGAAGCAGAACAGUGAUUGAGCUAAGGCCAUGAGAUAAAUAUACAGUACUUUGUAGAAUUUGUGUACAGUGAAUGUACAAAUUAUUUUUAGCCCUAACUAUGGUUCCAGUACUGUAGGGACCAUGAAUGGUUCUUUGCCAUACUUUCCUUUUUUUGUAUAUAAAAAGGACCAAUAUAAAUGACUGCUUUAUGUGUUAUACUCUGUAAGUUAUACAUACAGUUCUUAGUCUGAACUCUGCACCUUCCUUGACCGUGUUGCACUAAUUCAUAAGACCUUUCAUUAGAUGAAGGUAAUCGUAGGAUGCCAUGGA